GGAGCUUCUCUCGCUCUCUCGCCUCAUCGGCCUUUGAUUCGCUGCGCCGUUUGUUUGUGUUCCUCUUUGCCCUUUAACCGUCGAAAUGGAGCUCGGUGGGAAUUAGCAGGAGUGCACCUCGUCGAGCUCUCGCCCUCACCUUUGGAGAAUGAUCCACCGGCAGAUAAUUUUGUCCCAGGUUUUGGUCUGCUUUGGGUUGACUGGUCAUUAUGCUGAUGCAGCUCUGUAGUUUCAAGAACUUGUACCAGAAUCGGUUCCUGGCCCUGGCAGCCAUGGCCUCCCCAACCCGCAGCAGCCAGACCCGCCAGCGCUGUAAGGAUGCGGCUCGUCACAGCUACGGCCCAGACUCCUACGCUGUCAACGGUCUGAACCAGGAGGCCUUCAUGCUGGGGCUGUCGCGGUCCACCAGUGACACUGAUCUGGUCUCCCCAGACGCCCGCUCCACCCUCACCAUCAGCUCCUCCCAUUACACCAUCGGCCAGUCUGAAGACCUGGUGAUCACAUGGGACAUCAAGGAGGAAGUGGAUGCCGGAGACUGGAUCGGAAUGUAUCAUGUUGAUGAGGCUUUGUCUGAGAACUUUCUGGACUACAAGAACCGAGGAAUCAACGGUUCUCACAAGGGACAGAUCGUUUGGAAAAUUGACUGCAGCUCUCACUUCAGUGAAUCUGAGACCCAGGUGUGCUUCAGAUACUACCACGGUGUUACCGGAGCACUGAGGGCCACGACGCCCACCGUAACCAUCAAGAAGGGCCCUGCACCCGUAUUAAAACCAGUGGUUAGUCCUGAAGUCAACCAUGGACUGGGCAACAGGAGACUUAUUAACUUUUCCCUGUCAGACCUCCAGGCAGUUGGUCUGAAGAAGGGGAUGUUCUUCAAUCCUGACCCGUACCUGAAGCUCUCCAUCCAGCCUGGAAAACACAGCAUCUUCCCCUCGCUGCCGCACCACGGCCAGGAGAAACGCUCCGGGGUGGUGUGCAACACAGUCAACCCGCAGUGGAGCACAGAGAGGUUUACCUUUGUGUCUCUGCCCACCGACGUCCUGGAGAUCGAGGUGAAGGACAAGUUUGCCAAGAGUCGUCCGAUCAUCAAGCGCUUCCUGGGGAAGCUCUCUGUCCCCGUCCAGAGGCUCCUGGAAAAACACGCCAUUGGGGAUCGGGUGGUGAGUUAUUCUCUGGGUCGCAGGUUGCCGACAGAUCACGUCUGCGGUCAGCUGCAGUUCCGCUUUGAGCUGACCUCCUCCAUCCACCCAGAUGAUGAGGAGGUCUCCCUGGUCGUAGAGCCGGCCGCUCCUGACGGCGGCGACGCAGCAGAAGUCAACCACGCUAAUGAGGCGCCUGAUGACGACACUCUGAGUGUGGGUCCUGACAUGCCCGACCUCCCCUUGGACGCCCCUCCUGACCCUGAGACCUGCGAGCCUCCUGCCUCCACAGCUGAGGAGGCCCCACCUGCUGCUGUUGAGGAGGGGGAGGGAGAGGAGGUGGAGGAGGUGGAGGCAUCAUCAGGGGCGGAGCCUGGAGCCGUGGAGGAGGAGAACACAGUGAGGGAGGAGCCAGCGUCUGCAGGGCCCCAGGUGGAGCAGGAGGAGGGGGCCACAGCUCAACCGCAGGAGGAGAGCAGUGGAGUGGAGGAGGCUGAGGGAGGAAAGGAGGAAAGACAGCAGGAGGAAGGAGAGGAGGCGCAGAGAGAGGAGUCUGCACCCCAGGCUGAGGAGAUAACAGAAGAAGAAAAGGAGGCUGGGGAGGAAACUCAGCCAAAGCCGGACUCUGACAGUCCUGUAGCCGUAACAACAAACGACGGGGCCCCGACUGCAGAGGCCCCCACAGAGGAAAACACCACAUCCCCGGAGGCUCCUGUAGAACCCGCUGAAGGUGCCCCGCAGGAGGUGACGGAGGGAGGAGAGAGAAGCUCCGCCCCCUGCGCUUGCCAGUCUCUCUUCUCAAACUACAACUCCCACGCUCCCUCACGCCGCAAAAACCGCCCCUGCUCGCUCCCGGUGUCGGAGCUGGAGACGGUGAUCGCCUCAGCCUGCGGCGAGCCGGAGACGCCGCGGUCCCACUACAUCCGCAUCCACCACCUCCUGCACAGCCUCCCCUCGGCCCAACAGAGACCUCCCAGCCAGGAGGAGGAAGAGGCCGGGGACGGAGAGAAUACGAACACCACUGAGGACACCUCCUCCACAUCACCGACGCUGAAAACCUCCAAAGACAGAGAAGAGGAGGGGCAGGAGGACGAGGAAGAGGAGGACACAACCCAGUCUCCCUCUCAGGUCCCGGAGUGUCCGGGUCCCUGCUGCCGUCGCUCUCUACCCCGCAGCCUCUCCAUCGAACGCCUCUCUGAGCUGAACCAGCUCUUGGAAGGCGAAGGAGGACACGCGGCUGUGAGGCGGAUCUCCCCCUCCUGCCUGGAGAGCGAAGAGGGCGACUCCAGUAACGGAGGAGGAAGAAGAGUUGGCGGGGGCACCCACAGACCUCCGGUUGAAAACGAGUGUGAGUUUUGCGACACUUCCUGCUACAGCACCUCCUGCUACAGCACUUCCUGUUACAGCACGUCGUGCUACAGCAACUCUGGCUACGAGGGGCGGAGCCGCUUCUGCAGCCACACCCGCCUCUCCUCGGUGGACAGCAACAGACUCUCCGGCAGCACCGUGUUCUCCUCCCAGGACGAAGACGAUGACGAGGAGAGCGCCUUUGAGCCGGUGAUCGAUGCCGGCAACACGCCGGAGGGCCAGGAGGUGGGCGGGGCAGGAGGAGAGAGGAGGACGGGGAGGCGGAAGGAAGCCAGGAGGGGAGAGCAGGGGGAGCCAGCUGUGGCCGGGCCCAGCGACAGGAACAGCAUCGGCUCAGGCUUCUCCCCUCCUGUUGGCCAUCUUCCAGUCCUGCGACCCAGCCAUGACCUAAACCAUUUUCCUGCUGCCACUGACCAAGCCUUACCUCCAAACUGGGAAGCUCGUAUCGACAGCCACGGCCGAGUUUUCUACGUGGACCACGUCAACAGGACGACGACCUGGCAGAGGCCGAGCCACGGCGGCAAGUGUAACCACGGCAUCCCGCGCUCAGGGUCCACCCAGCAGAUGGAACAACUCAACAGGAGGUACCAGAGCAUCCAGAGGACCAUGGCCACCGAGGAGGAGGGAGGGGGUCCAAGGUUAGAGCGGAGCAGCAGCACAGAGACGGAUUCUGAGCCUGCGCCGACAGGCCCCGCCUCUCCUGUCAGUCACCAGAAGAUCAGCCACCUCCUCCAAUCACCUGCUGUCAAGUUCAUCACACACCCAGAGUUCUUCACUGUGUUGCACAGUAACUAUGCAGCCUACCGGAUGUUCACCAGCAGCAGCUGUGUCAAACACAUGAUACUGAAGGUGCGUCGCGACGCCAGGAACUUCGAGCGCUACCAACACAACCGGGACCUGGUGGUUUUCCUCAACAAGUUCGCGGACACCCAGCUGGAGCUGCCGAGGGGCUGGGAGAUCAAGACUGACCCCCAGGGCAAGUCGUUCUUCGUGGACCACAACAGUCGAGCAACGACCUUCAUCGACCCUCGGAUCCCGCUGCAGAACGGCCGGCUGCCUGGACACCUCGCCCACAGACAACACCUGCAGAGACUACGCAGCUACAGCGCAGGCGAGGCGUCUGACGUGUCCAGGAGUCGUGGAGCUUCUCUGAUGGCCCGGCCUGGAAACAGUCUGGUGGCCGCCAUCCGAAGCCAACAUCACGGUGACUCACAGCAAGGGAACGCUCCAUCUUACAAUGACAAGAUCGUGGCAUUCCUCCGACAGCCCAACAUCUUUGACAUGUUGCAGGAGCGACAGCCGAGCCUGAGCAGAAACCAUGCCCUCAGGGAGAAGAUCCACUACAUCCGGACUGAAGGUACCCAGGGGGUGGAGAAGCUGUCGUGUGACGCAGACCUGGUCAUCCUGUUGAGUUUAUUUGAAGAAGAAAUCAUGUCCUACGUUCCACCUCACCCCAUCCACCCCGGCUUCAGCUUCUCUCCUCGCUGUUCGCCCGCCUCCUCACCACAGAACUCCCCUGGCCUGCAGAGGGCCCGGGCCCCGGCUCCUUACCGCAGAGACUUUGAGGCCAAACUAAGGAACUUCUACAGGAAGUUGGAGGCGAAGGGCUACGGCCAAGGACCGGGCAAGAUCAAGCUGCUCAUCAGGAGAGAACACCUGCUGGAGGGAACCUUCAACCAGGUGAUGGCGUACUCCCGCAAAGAACUGCAGAGGAACAAACUCUACGUCACCUUCCUGGGGGAGGAGGGGUUGGAUUACAGCGGCCCGUCCAGAGAGUUCUUCUUCCUCUUGUCUCAGGAGCUCUUUAACCCGUACUACGGCCUGUUCGAAUACUCGGCCAACGACACGUACACUGUUCAAAUCAGCCCCAUGUCGGCGUUCGUAGAGAACCAUCUGGAAUGGUUCCGGUUCAGCGGUCGUAUCCUGGGCCUGGCUUUGAUUCAUCAGUACCUGCUGGAUGCUUUCUUCACCAGACCGUUCUACAAGGCCCUGCUCAGACUGCCGACAGACCUGUCUGACCUGGAGUAUCUGGACGAGGAGUUCCACCAGUCGCUGCAGUGGAUGAAAGACAACGACAUCACCGACAUCCUGGACCUCACCUUCACCGUCAACGAGGAAGUCUUUGGCCAGGUGACGGAGCGGGAGUUGAAGUCGGGUGGUUCCAACCUGCAGGUGACUGAGAAGAACAAGAAGGAUUACAUCGAGCGAAUGGCCAAGUGGCGGGUGGAGAGAGGGGUGGUGCAGCAGACGGAGGCUCUGGUCCGAGGCUUCUACGAGGUGGUGGACUCCAGGCUGGUGUCCGUGUUCGAUGCUCGGGAGCUGGAGCUGGUGAUCGCUGGGACAGUGGAGAUCGACCUCGGUGACUGGAGGAGCAACACCGAGUACAGAGGAGGUUACCAUGACGGCCACAUAGUGAUGCGUUGGUUCUGGGCCGCCGUGGAGCGCUUCAACAACGAGCAGCGUCUCCGCCUGCUGCAGUUUGUCACGGGGACGUCCAGCGUUCCCUACGAAGGCUUCGCCGCCCUGCGAGGCUCCAACGGCCUCCGACGCUUCUGCAUCGAGAAGUGGGGCAAAGUCACAUCACUACCCAGGGCUCAUACCUGCUUUAACCGCCUGGACCUGCCUCCAUACCCUUCAUACACCAUGCUGUAUGAGAAACUGCUGAUCGCCGUGGAGGAAACCAGCACAUUUGGCCUGGAGUGAGACGGAUCACCGCUGCAUCCCUCUCAGUGAAACGGUGGCUGGGCCGAAACGCAAAAGGAAAGGAAAAAAAAAAGAACAGCUCUUGUGAGCUCCUGACGUCGCAAAGAAACCUGGAUUCUACUCGGCAACGUUUCUGGUCACGUGGACAAACUGUAUGUACGUGACCACGUGGGGAAGUUCAUGACAGCACCCGGCACUUAGUGCACCACAGCAGGACAGCAGUUAUUUUUAUAUUAAUUAUCAAGACUGGAGACGAUGAAACACUAGACUGGCUUUUUAAAAAAAAGAUUAGAAUUAUAUAUAUGGUAUGAACAUACCUGAAGAAAGGGUAUGUAAGAUGGAAACAAGAUCAUUUAUAGUUGCAUGCACCAAAAUGCAUCAUCCAUCCAAUAAUAAAAAAACCUAUGGUCAUAAAAAUCCUUACAAAAACUAACAGUAACAGAUUAAUAGAAAUGUACAGAAAGAGCACCGAAAACAAGAAGAUCUAAGACGUUAGUAUGACAAUGAAAUACUUGAGAAAUUUAUCCUCAAAAUUUGAAUCAACAGAAAAGAUUUAAGUAAUAAAGUUAUAAAUUAUAAAACCUAUAGUGUGAUUAUAUAGAGUAACAACAAAGAUAAGAGAAGCUCUAACAGAAGCAGGUUUGACACAUCCAAAUGUUGACUUAUCUUUUCUGUGAAUUCAAACUUGAACACUAACAAUCCUGCACACAGAUUCUCAGGUGGUUUACUGCUCGUAUACGUUCAGAUGAAUCUAUAAAUGUGGCUUUAAAGAAUUGGUUCAAAGUAUAUUAUGCAAAUUAAAAAACCACUCGUCGGAUGGACGUUAGGUCUCGUAGCCCAGAUGCUAAAGGAACAAUCAUGUCUGGUUUUUCAUCUGGAGAGCCGACAAGGAUCAUUAUGUAUUUUACCUGGACGUUGGCGGGCCGACAGGAUCCCGCCUUAGGGGCUGAGACUGGGAUGUGAAGAAAUGCAGUGCUUCAAGCUUCAAGGCCUUAGGGGUGAUGAGUAGACCCUUACAAUCAAAUCUAAAAUUAGAGCCAGUGUCAAAACACACGACAAAAAUAAAUCAGAGCCGCAGAAGUCAUAGAAACAGGUUUUUCAGACCACUUGGCAUCUGGAUUUAAAUUGAAGAAAUGAAUCCUGCACAAGAUCAGAUGGAUGGAGGUCAGAUAUUAGAUACAUCUGCAGAGAGUCAAGCCCAAAAGUGAGAAACUGAUUAUGAUAAGGUGACGCAAAUGAUCUACUGAUAAGACCAGGACCACUGAAGGGACGUGUCCAUGUCAAUAACAGUUAAGCCAUCUGUAAACAGCUUCUGUUAUCCUCUCGGUUAACUAUAGCAAUUCAGAGUCAAUAAUUGGAGCUCCUCAGUGACGAGCAGAGGCGCCAGAGAAGUGCUGAAAGUCAGAAUGUGCUGAGAAAAAGGAGGAAGCUGGGGAAGAGUAACACAUGACUCCUUCAUACACACCUGACCUUUAGUCUAAUUCAGAUCCAGUCCACUGACAGCAAAUGGGUCUAAUGGGUAUUUACAGACUCUGCAACCACUACAGUACUUAAUCCAGUCCUGAAACUCGAGACGUAUCGGUAUCGUUCAGGAACAGCUAGAUCUCUCCGAGGCAGGCAGCACCUGGACACAAACGGCUCAUCAACAGUCCCUCCAAACCUUCUUGCUCUGCGAGGCUUUCAAAAGCAGAGACGAUGAUGUCAUGUCUCCUCUAUCAAAGUAGCCAUCAAUACCAACACAAGGGCUUCUGGGAUUCCCUCUGUGGAGACCAAGCAAGCAGGUAGUUCACGAGUCUUUGGCGACAAAGAAGUGGGCGCUCCAGCUGUGUAAAAGGGGCGGGGCUGGAGUGUCAGCGUCUCUGGUCCUGCUGUUUGAAUGGGAGCAUCUUCUCUUAUUCAAGUCUUCCACUGAUGAACUUCUUCUCUCUGUCUGUGAACCAUCACCUUAGCGUUGCUCUGUGCACGGAGCCGGUUCUCCAGUAUCUGAACCUUUACUGUUUCAAACAACGUGACUGGUGCAAAGCAGCAUCGUGGGUCUUCAAGGGCUUCAUCAGACCGGGGUCCUGAACCGAUCCGGCCCUGCUGCAUGAACUUGUGAUGUGGACAGAGGCCCUUGGAUGAACCACUGUAACAUAUGCAAUAGUUAAGACCUUAACUUAAAUCUGUCCCUCAGUCUGCCAUGUUCUCUCCCACAGUGACUGACUGCAGCGUUCCCUCAGCGUUCCCGACCCUUGUCUACAUCUCUAGUCCAGUAAUGAAACUGUGCCUCAGUUACUUACUGCCUCAUACGUGGCCUGUGGUUUUUGUGGGGCUUGGUGAUUCGUAUUUGAGCCUCACAUGAGAGUUCAGAUAUUUGCAUCGGUUCUUUUUGCAUGUUCUGCUCGUGUGGACGUGAGUUUCCUGUCACACAAGUCUGGUUUACUGGAAACUCUGAUACCCAACUCACACUCAGCCGCCUCAUGCGUCUUCAUGGGCACAUCUGCUGUCUAAUUUUAAAAAAAGCCAAGUGCAACUGCAACCAGAAGUCUGACACAUUUUAGCCAGAAAAGGUGUAAAAGCUUUCAUCUCUCAAAACAUUAUUUUUACUCCUUUCAAUGUAACGAUGCAGUUUGUCUUUGCAAACAUUGAAUGAGCUGUAAGAUUAAAGGGAAACUCCAAUGGUUUCACACAGCGUGUUUCCAGGUGUUGCAAAUAUGAAAUAAGUUGUAUAAAGCCUUUUGUAUCUCCAGACGGAGCUGUGGAAGUCUGACUUAAGUCCUACGAGUUUUAGAAUGAAAACAAUCAGAGGGCGUGGAGUUAGAAGUGAGCUUGAGGCUAAAGGCUCCAGGCUACAUUAGCCUCUAUUAGCAUUACAGACAGUUACAAGGUAAAAACAAACAAAAAGAACGAAAAAUGUGGGGAAUAAAAAAGACGAUAUCUCUGGUCCUGCUUAUUUGUUGUCCGUUCAUGCGACUCGUCCACAUGUCUGUGUUUUAAACUACCUAGCUAAACCAUUUUUAGCUAAAGUUAUAGCUGUCCUGGAGCGGGUUGCACCAGCUGUUCGUAGAUGUUCAAACUUAGAGCAAGUGUUCACAAAGUCCGUGACUGAAAUAAAACUGAUUCCACCACAUGAACUAGCUCCUACGUAGCCAUUAGCGUACAUCUGCUAACUGUCAGGUGUAACAGUUGUAGUUAUCUGAACCAAAUGAUUAGCUAAUAUCUGAGCCAUUUAGAGUGAAAGGUGAAACUUGACAACCUGAAACUUGAUAAAUGCUGUUUUAUAAUGUCAUGCCUGACGAUUUUAAAUUGCAUUUCACAAAAAUAACACAAUAUACCUCAACUUACAAAGCAUUUUACUAAAAUUAGUAGAUAAUGUAAGUUAGGUUAGCACUCACUAUAAAAUGUACCCUGGAACAGAGAGAAGCAGAAAGAAAGAAACAAUCACUUUUAGAAGUUAUACAAUGACUUCCUGUUUACAUUGUUGAUGGCUCCUGACUGGCUAGUGCUACAGAUGUUUCCUAGCAACAGGUUCACACAAUACUAAAGUCUGUACUAGCUAACAUGGCGCAUCCCAAUUUAGUAAAUCACUAGUUAGAAAUUUAGCUACUGAGAACUUAUGAAGCACUUUCUGUUCUAACUUUGUAAUGGUUUAUGAAGAGCUGGUACAGUCCUGGACCGGACGUGGACCCACCCCCCGCUGGAACCUUUCCCUAAACUUAACCUAGUUCUUUAGGUACCUAACUCUAACCACACUGUAACCACAGUUUAUUUGCCGUGACAAAAGUCUUUCUCUAAACUUAAACAGACCGUAUUUAUACAGAACGAGAGUAAAGACAUGACACUCUUUAAAUAUCAAGUGUAAACGGGGCCUUAAUUGCACCAGGGUAGAGUUUGUUUGUUAGCCCUGGAAGAAAUUGGCAACUUCUAUUUCUAGAUUGCUUGUUCUCCACCCAAGGCAUGCUGGGAUAGGCUCCACCCCCUUACCCCCUGACCCUUCAUAGGAUAAACGGGUGUAAGGAACAAAUGGAUGAGACCUCUGGAAGUUUUUCAGACACAUUGAGAGAAAUUGGCCUCAGCUGAACGUCUGUGAACUCGUGCUUCUUUGUUCCCCACAUGAUGUGAUAAAAUUAUUUUCUUUCUUUCUUUCUUUUCUUCACCUAAAUUGUGCUUAAUUUUUUCAGUAGCUACAGAAACGAUCAAACUGGGGUAAUAAGUCACAACGACAGCAGCAGAAACGCAGGAUUUUUCCGUUUACAGUAAAGACCAUGGUAUGAACAAAUGCAUUUGAGAAUGAAUUUGAUCAGAGCCACAUAUAACUGUGGUAAACUCACUGUACCGGCAGUCGGAUCAUUAGUACUGCAUUCAUCCUCAGCAGUGGCGAGGCCUUAUCCACGCAUCUCUACAACCAAGAGGACAAGGCUGUGAUUAUGUUGCAUUCCCUGUCUUGUUUUUCUUUUCUACAAUCUUUUGUACUGUUAUUUAUACUGUAUUGUAAUUAUAAGUAAAGGGAAGAUCUGAAGCUUUCCUUGAAUGUUUUGUUUGUUUGCUGUUUUAUGAUGAUGUGAUGAGAAGCAUCGGUCGAAGAGUUUGCCUUCACUUUUGAAGCCUUUGUGUUUUUAUUUCGUAUCUUUUCUAUUACCUGUUAAGCUAGCUCUUUAUCAGUCGCUACUGUUUAGUUUCCGUUCAGCUCGCACAGACAGAUGUCUGACUGUGUCAUACAUUUCAGAGCCUCAUGUAUUCAGAGUAACCUGUGCAUUGAGCAACAAAUCACAUGCAUAAAAAGUGGGUGUAAUUUGUUGAAAACGUAGAGACAGUGUACAGAAGUCUUGCUUUGAUUAGGUUUAUAUGUUAAAUACAUGCAUUGUAGAUCUUGAACACAAAUAAUGGUUACAAACACUCCAAUAACACUGAUUCUGUAUGUAAGUGCACUGAUUGAAGCUAUUAUAGAAAUAUUUAAAUAAGCUUUUGGAGAAGUAAAGGGUCAUGGGAUGUCUAUAGAAAGGUAAGGUGGUGGAAAAUUGUAGCGGCAGUUUGGUAUUUGUGUCUUUUCAAACUAUUUAUUUGUCCAUUUUCAUUUUAAAAAAGGGAAUUUAACAAAAGGGAAAACGUGACUGACUGAAUGGAUGCUGGCAAAUUUGAAGCAUGCAUAUUUUUAUUUUUGUUUUUUGUUUUGUUUUGUGUGUGUGUGUGUGUGUGUAUGUGUGUGUGUCUGGGUGUGUGUAUUCUACACAUAUGUACAUAAUGUUGGAAAGUACAGCUCUGUUUUUGUCUGAGAACGGGUUGCUAAAUACUCAGGCUGUGCUAAUGCUCCACCGUACCAUACAACUGUUUAUGAAUCUCAAUAAAAAGGUCACUUUGUUA